UGGUGUACCUCCCUACCAGAUGACAGUCUCACUCCACACACACUGCUACCUGCUGUGUCCUCUGUGAGACACUUCUGGUGGAGAGAUGGUGCUGAGGUGAGCCUGCUGAGGCGGCUUGAUGUCCCCCCCUCAGUGAUGGAUGAUAUCAGGGCCAGUCCAUCACACUCGACUGAAGAGGAGAAAAGGAUUGCAGGUCUACAGUACUACCUCCAGACCAUACCCGGUGCAUCAUGGGAGAAGAUAGCUGAAGUAUUAUGGAUGAUGGAGGAGCACACAGCCCUGGAGGAAGUCAGACAACAUCUACCAUCUACAUGUGAUCCCAGCCUCACUCCCUCCAACAUGAGAACAGCACUGGACACACUGCCAGCCGACGAGUGGGAGGGGUUUGGUCUUGCACUGUGUGUCCCACGGUCAAAGUUGGACAAGAUCAAGUCUCAGUUCGCUAGUGAUGAGGAGAGGAGAGAUGAGGUCAUCAGAAUAUACCCCACCCAACAUCCCCACCCAUCAUGGGAGCUGGUCUCAGAUGCUCUCUACUUUUGUGGCGAUUUAUUUAAUGAUCAGCAGUAUCACGAUGUUCUCGGCACACUCCAGUACAACCACCCUACUGGUCGCAACAAAGCCAGGAAGAUCCUUAAAAACGAGAUGAAACGUGGAAUCGCAGAACGACUCAUUACAAAAGUGACAAUGGUCGGUACUGCAGGCAGCGGGAAGUCAACGUCCCUAGAGACACUGACUGGCGAGGAGCCACUGGCAGAGGGAGAACGAGAGAGCACACCUCUCCUGAAGAGACCCGUCCAAACCGAGGUGGUCUUUGUGGAAGGGAAGGAGGUGAGGUGGAAGAAGAAGACGGCAGAUGAGAAGAAGCAAUACAUUGCCAGCAUCCUGAGAGCCCGUGCCCAGAAACUAGGCCAGCCAGCCAGCCAGCCACCAACUGUAGUCAGAGAGAAAAACCACUCCCCCAAACCAGCAGAGUCGGCAGCCUCUCCCCAGAAAUCCUCACCAGCAGCCACGGAAGAAACCAAAGCCUCAUCCACUGCCUCCAGUGCGGCAGCCAUGGCCAGUGGUGAC